AUGAUGAUGAUGAUCGCUGCAAAUAUACCAUGGAUAAAGUUAAAUAAUAAGCAUUUUCGAAGCUUCUUGUUGAAAUAUUGUGUAGGUCACGAUAUUCCUGAAGAAUCUCUUUUAAGGAAAACGUUUCUAGACAAAGUGUUCGAGAACCAGGUUGUCCAAAUUCGUCAAGAAUUGCUUGAGGGAUUUUUUUGGGUAUCGAUGAAUGUAACCAUUGACUUUUUGGGACGAAAGAUUGUACACCUUCUUGUGACGAAUUUAAAACCAAACAAACCUUCCUCUUGCUAUCUUAUAGCGUCUAAAGUAACAAGUGAAAUAGCGAAUGGUACAACGAUAUUUAAUUUUUUUGACGAAACUUUAAGGUGGCUAUGGUUGAAUAAAGCUGAGCAAAAUUUUAAAAAUAUUAUUAUGUUUACAAGCGAUGCCGUCAGCUAUAUGCUUAAUGCUGGAAGAAAAAUAAAGGCAAAGUGCCCACAAACACUUCAUGUUACAUGUAUUGUACAUGGCAUUCAUCGAAUUGCAGAAGAAGUAAGAAAUCAAUUCAAAGAUGUAGAUAACUUCGUGGAUAAUGUUAAGAAAAUCUUUUUAAAAGCUCCAUCUCGCGUUAAAACAUUUAAGGAAAUGUUCCCAGACUUGCCGUUGCCCCCAAAGCCGAUUAUUACCCGUUGGGGUACAUGGAUUAAAGCUGUGUGUUAUUUUCAACAUCAUUAUAAUGAAGUGAGAACUGUGCUUGAAUUAUUUGACCCCCGUUCCAGUGCAGCAAUUAGAAAUUGCCGUGAACUAAUGGACAAACCAGAAUUAAUUGCUGAUUUAAAUUUUGUGGCAAACAAUUUCGGCAUGAUCCCUGAAAUAAUUCAAAUGUUGGAGUCUUCAAAAGUUUCCGUACAAUUCGCUCUGGAAAAACUUAACGAAUUAAAAACUAAAAUUGACGCAGUGCCGCGCGAUGUAGGAAUUCGUUUACAGGAAAAGAUGGCUGCCGUUUUACAAAAAAUCCUGAUUUAG